CUGGGCAACAGCAAGCAUCUCACUACUGUCAUCCUACGCGAUGACAUGUGUAGUGGAGAUUGUGGACACAGGUUGCGGGAGCAUGCCUUCCCAUUCCCUUUCCCUGAAGCCUCCGUUUCAUCCCCUGGGAUCUUGUGUACCUAAAUUAUGGCCAUGCCACCAUCUGCAGGCUUGGCGUUUUCUUCUUGGAACUUUGGUCUCAGGAAAAACAUCUCUCCCUUUAACUUUCCAAUAUUACUUUUGUUCCCCAUUUUAUGUCCAUUCAUUUAGUUCUGUGUGAGUCUCUCCAAUGCUACUGUUCUUACCCACUAAGUGUCAGGUUUAUCAAGGCUUUUCCUAUUAUGUCACAAUCUUUAACUCUGUUAAAUUUUAUGUGUCCUUGCAUCCUGGCCCUCUCUGGGACAUUGCUACACUUCGUGGUUUCUAUCAGGAUCUCAUUCUCCUUUCACCACCAUCGGCACCUCCUAGUUUUUGCUCAGUUCUGCUGCUGGUGGAAGAAAGCCAUGGAUCUGGGAGCCUCAGGAAAUGACUCUGUUGUCACUGAGUUUGUCCUGCUGGGUCUGUCAGAGACCCCAGCUCUGCAGCCCGUCCUCUUCACCGUCUUCCUUCUCGCUUACGUAGCUACUCUUGGGGGCAACCUCAGCAUCCUGGCUGCCAUCCUCGCCGAACCCAAACUCCACACCCCCAUGUACUUCUUCCUGGGGAACUUGUCCCUGCUGGAUGUCGGGUGCAUCAGUGUCACUGUCCCUGCCAUGCUGAGACGCUUCAUGUCCAAUAACAGAAGCAUUCCCUACGGGGCCUGCCUCUCACAGCUCUUCAGUUUCCACCUCCUGGCAGGGGCGGACUGCUUCCUGCUGACAGUCAUGGCCUAUGACCGCUAUCUGGCCAUCUGCCAGCCCCUCACCUACAGCACCCGCAUGAGCUGGGGAAUUCAGCAAGCGCUAGUGGGCGUGUCGUGUGCCUUUUCCUUCACCAACGCGCUGACCCAAACUGUUGCCUUAUCUACUCUUGACUUCUGUGGCCCCCAUGUGAUCAAUCACUUCUACUGUGACCUCCCACAGCUCUUCCAGCUCUCCUGCUCCAGCACCCAGCUCAAUGAGCUGCUGCUCUUUGUAGCAGCAGCCUUCAUGGGUGUGGCCCCACUGGUCCUCAUCACUGUGUCCUAUGCACACGUGGCAGCCGCAGUCCUGCGAAUCCGCUCUGCUGAGGGCAGGAAGAAAGCCUUCUCCACGUGUGGCUCCCACCUCACGGUUGUCAGCGUAUUCUACGGGACAGGCGUCUUCAGCUACAUGAGGCUGGGCUCAGUGGAGGCUUCGGACAAAGACAAAGGGAUUGGCAUCCUCAACACUGUCAUCAGCCCCAUGCUGAACCCACUCAUCUACAGUCUCCGGAACCCUGAUGUGCAGGGCGCCCUGCAGCGGGUGUUCGCAGGGAGACGGCCUCCAGAGUGA